GGCGCAAAUUCUGGCUUCGCUGUGUAUUGUUUCUUUGAUUUCCAAGAAGUGUAAUAAGGCAUAGUGUUCAGUUGGCAAUAAACGUUGUUAAAGCUCAUUCUACCGGCAUAUCAGUGCUUACGCCUUCUGAUUUCAUAGGUUUCAGUUGGUUUUCGUCAUUCUAACCUCAGUUACCCGUAAAAGGCAAAGGUAAUAGAGCGUUGCGCUGCGGUACAGUGUAAGAUGAGCAACAAAAAGCAGAAGACGGAGGAACCGGACGAAGGGCCGGUGGAGUUUUCUGUUGAAAAGAUUUUGGACAGCCGAGUGGUUGAUGGAAAAGUUGAGUACUUCCUAAAGUGGAAGGGGUACUCUUCUGAUGAAAAUUCGUGGGAGCCGGAAGAGAACUUGGACUGUGACGAUCUCAUCCAAGCGUUUAAAGAAUCUCGGAAGAAAAAAGAAGCGAAAGAGGAUAGCUCCGGUAGAAGAAGCAAGCUCAAAGAAGCAUCGGAGGAUGGUAAAGCUGCUCCAGCAAAACGAAAACCAACGUCGGAAAAGAAACUGGGAUUUGACCGGGGAUUAACCCCAGAAGAGAUAGUAGGAGCGACUGAUCAGAACGGAAAACUUUUCUUUCUGAUGAGAUGGAAGAAUGCAGCCAAUGCAGACUUAGUGCCUGCCGAGCAAGCCAAUAUCAAAUGUCCACAGAUAGUCAUAAAGUUUUAUGAAUCACGAUUGUCUUGGCAGACUCAGGAAGCAAAAGUAGAGAGUAAUGACGAUGCAUAGUUAGCGAAUAUUUUUUUCUCUUAAUAAUUUUUUUUUCAAAAUAUGUUGCUCGACGGCCAUAGACGGUACAAACCACUAGAACUAGCUGUAAGUCGUGUAAGCAACGAAAUCUACACUCAUGUAAAAUACACAUAAUUUUUACAUAUUAAAAGAAAUAGCGAAUGAAAAUGUUUACUUUUCCGGAGUACAAAAUGCGUUCACUUUGUCGUAAAAAAAGUUUGUUAGUUUUCUAUAAUUUGUAGAAAAGAUGGAAAAAAUUAAAUGUUCGUAGACACAUUAUGCUUCAAU